AUUAUCUGUGUCGUUCGCCGUCGGUCGGUCAUCGCCGUGCGUCGUCCGCAAAUUCCGUCUCGUCUCGCUCUCUGUUCAUGUUCGAUUCGUAGUCGCCGCGCCCAUCAUCUCGUGGCGUGGCGUGGUGUCCAGCGCUGUUGAGAUGACAGAAGGGAUGCGGUUAAAGGAUUCAACAGCCUAUAGCACCGCACCGGUGUGACUGUGUCUAUGUGUCUCUAUGUGUCUGUGUGCGUGCCUGUGUAUCCGUAGUGCAUCGCGUGACUAACGAGUGAAGAACGAAAUAAAAUUUCGUGUGCAUCCGUGUUGGUGUUGAGCUGGUGCUGCUGUUGCUGUUGCGUGAAGAGUGAAAGCCAGAGAUUUGACAGAAGGUAGAGCGUGGGCUGGGGCGUCCACCCACCACCAACCACCGCCCACUCCCACCAUGGGUCCACUUCCGAGCGUAAUGGAUUUAAGGUUUCCCAUCUUGUGGUUGCUGCUCGCUGCAGAACUGACGGCCGGACUGCGGAUAGUGCGCGUCACCGUACCGGCGGUGGUGCGGAAGGGUGAUACGGUGCAUCUGAACUGUGACUACGAGCUGGAACAACCGGAGCGGCUCUACUCGAUCAAGUGGUACAAGGGCCGGCGCGAGUUCUACCGCUACACACCGCAGGCCAAUCCGACGGUCCAAACGUUCAGCACGCCCAGCGGCGUGGAAGUUGACCGGGCACUGUCCAACGAAAGCCACGUCGUCCUGCAGCCAGUCGAGACGAGCUACUCGGGCAAGUACAGCUGCGAGAUCUCGGCCGAUGCGCCCUCCUUCCACACGCAGCUCAUCUCGGGGGACAUGGAAGUUGUAGAGCCACCCCGGGAGCAACCGUUGGUGACAGGGUUGCAGGCGCGCUACCGGCCGGGCGACAUCCUGCGGGCCAACUGCACCUCGCACAAGUCUAAACCGGCGGCAAAUUUGACGUGGACGAUUAAUGAUGCUCCGAUCCCGCCACAGUACGUGAAGCAAUACCAACCGGUGAGAAGCCAUCCGAUCGACACGCGAGAAUCGUCACGGCUCGGCCUUUACAUCAUGGUGUCGCACGACCACUUCGUGAAGGGUGUACUGAAGCUCAAGUGUACCGCAUCGAUACACGAGGUCUACCGUGAGACGGUCGAGCAGCAGAUACCGGAAGAUCGGCCGCGGAUACUGGCGACCGGUGUGUCGGCCAGCGGGCACAGCAUCAACCUUUACCAGGGUACGGUGCACGAAACCGAGCUCACCGAUCAGAACGAUGCCUAUCUAACCGUGAACGGCUACAAAGCGGACAAGUCUUCACCACUGGCAUCGUCAUCCGGUGGGCUGCAGAUCGAUUCGUACGUCAAGGUGUGCUGGGUCACGUUCUACAUCUGCAUCAUCUGCACCGUGAUGGUGUACUCGAUACGGUACCUGAUGGUUACCUGACCCCAGCGGGAAUCGAAGGGUGGCGGGAAUAACAGCAACAGCAACAACAGCAACAGCAACAGCCACCCCUCCGCGAACGCAUCCCUCGCCGAAGCGACAACCCUUGGCGAUGAGCUGGAUGGUAUGCCAACAAUCACCGGCACUGGUUACCCAUCGUGCGUGCUAUCACCACCACCACCACCACCAUCGGCCGCCACCAUCUCCACUGGUGCGCUCACCAGUCUGGACGGUUGUUCGGUGCUGUUCGUUCCGCGGUGAUGCACCGAGGUGCCGAAAGUUCCAACAUUACGGCGCCACAUCCUUCACUGGCUCGGUGACAGCUGGUCCCGCUUUUCGCGUGGACUUUUCCAGCAAAAGCCAGCAUAAAUAGUGGUCGUGGUGGGGGGAGGGAGGUCUAAGGACCGAGGCAGGCGCAUCGAACGCAUACACAUAAGCUACGUGUUGCUGUCACACCUGUGUGACCUGUGGGGAGAGUCACUUGUCUAAACCCCCUUUGGUGUGAUGUGUUUCCUCCCCGUUUAGGUUCGUCGUUUGUCCGUGUUUUUCUCUUUUUUUUUUGGGGAGGUUUGAAGUGAGCUACUCCGAAGUGAGAGGCGAAUGGUGAACGGUGAGAAACGAAAAAAGAGUUGGCGACGGAAUCGAAUCAAACGUAACUUCUCGCUCGCUCGUUCGCUCGCUCAACAUGUAAAUAGCUAAUUUUAUCAACAACAACAACAAAAACAGCGAAUGUAAAUAUGGCUCCUUUUAGGCAAAUCCUUCUCCUUCCUCUUUAUCCUACUCCAAGCAUCCCAGCUCCUAGCUCCUGAUGUCGUGAAGUAUCACCCUUAAAUCCUCCCGGAUCAGCUCCCCCAAUAUCAGACGACAGAGAAUCCAUUUUAAUGUACACACGCGCACACACUUACGAUGGAAUGAGUGUUAGUUAAAUUUUACCGAACCUGUGCGCAGCGCUGGUCCAUUGCUAAAAGGACAAAUGGUUAACUUAAGCACUUAAAAGAGGACAGCCAAAGCGACGACGAAAAUUGUCGCAAAGCGCUAGCGACGUACAUGUACAUAGACGGUGGUGAGCGUGAAAGAAUGUAGCUAAACCUAUGAGCGGUCCGCGCUCCAUAAUAAAUGUAUGCUUUCGUGCGUUUCCGUUCGGUUUUUUGGGGAACCUGACUUACUAUUCACUCACCGCGGUUCUUCGUGUUUCGCUUUGGGCGUGACUUCCCGGUAAGAAGGAAGGAAGGAAGAUAGGAAGAAAGGAGAGUUGUAUCAAUUUGUUGUUCAAUACGCGCGUAAAACCAAAAGUCAAAUAAAACAAUGUGGAAAUGCCAAACAGAGUAACUAAAACAAACCAACCAAACCAAACAG